GGAGGCGGCGCGCGGCCGCCACUUCCCGUAAGGGCCGGUCUCGGGUAGAGGGUUGCGGGCUUGGACCUGAGCCCCGGGCUCGGUCCUAUUCCCCUGAGAACUCCUGUACUUGCGUUCAAGUUACCUCUCUAAAGACCUCCCACACUCUGUCCCGUGCCCGCCGCAGCGAGGCCGGGAAACAGGUGCACCCAGGCCUCGCCGGCUCAGGCUGCCAGGAAGCUGAGACGCCCCCCCAUCAUUGCUGGUGGCUGUCAGAACUGGCCUCUGUAUGCGUCUGCUUCCCUCCACGCUUUGCCAUGCAAAGCACACUUUUCUUCUGGUCUCUGCAGUUUGGGGAAGAUGAUUACAGCUAAGCCAGGGAAAACACCGAUUCAGGUAUUACACGAAUACGGCAUGAAGACCAAGAACAUCCCGGUUUAUGAAUGUGAAAGAUCAGAUGUGCAAAUACAUGUGCCCACUUUCACCUUCAGAGUAACCGUUGGUGACAUAACCUGCACAGGAAUGGAUGUCAGCACUCUGCAGGUGUUCUCAACACCCAGUUUGGACUCAGAAGGAAAAAGAUUAACCAUUUACUAGGUAUUGCUUACUUAAAUUCAGACAUCACCCUUAAUGAUUAGGCACUCUUAUCCUCCCCUCCCUACCCAUGUAAGGGAUAGACAUUGUAUGGAAUACACAUAAGUAAACUAUUACCUUCUGUAUAUAAACUUUCCCCCAGUAUGCCUAGUGUGUAGUCAUGAGUGCUGAGGGAUUUGAUUCAGUAUAGGAUGGGCUGUCAAAAUAAAAUGAUGCACAUUUUCUGUCCAACAGUUCUGUUGCAAGUGGCUCCUUUAAAAGAAACUAUUUGUUGCCAUCCAAGAAAUCAGUUCUUGCUGCAGAGAAAAUUACUCCCUCCCCAAGAACAAGGGAAGAAUACUAAAUUGUAUUGACAUCGUCUACUUUAUUACAAUUUUAUGCAGUAAAUAUAAUGUAGAAAUAUUCCUACUCCUCACUUACCUUGUUUUCCAACAUUUUGCAUUUAUGACAAUAGUAAAAAAUCUACAUUUUCACAUUAACAUGUGUCUGGCAGUAAUGAAUGCUGAGGUGUGAGGUGAGAGUAACUGGCUGCAAUGGUGUCAGGAGGGUUGGUGUCACCCAGCAGGGUAACUCAUGCUGUCACCACGCCCCCACCCGCCCCCACAGACCUCCCAUACUAGCCCCAGCCUGCAUGGAGGAAGUGCCGUGGGCUCCCAGGAAGCGCCUCCCAGCGGUGGGUGCAGGUGCCCAGCUCCUAGCAGCUCCCAGCAGCGUGGAGUGGUGGGGGUGAGCCAGGAGGGCUGGUGACAAAUCUGGGAAUGGUGUAGUCGAGCAGGAAAGGCCCCCACCUGGGCCUGCACCCACUGCGCACCGAGUCCCUCCAGUGGGGCAGACUUGCCCAGCUCUGAGGAGCCAUGCUCUGGCACCAGUCCCCGUGUUCCAGCUAGCUCCCAACCCAGCACGCCAGAGAGCAGGAGGAGGAGAAGACUAAGGGAGUAGAAGGAAAAGGUGAAGGUACAAGUAAGAAGCUGGCGAAACAUAGAGCUGCAGAGGCUGCCAUAAACAUUUUGAAAGCCAAUGCAAGUAUUUGCUUUGCAGUUCCUGACCCCUUAAUGCCUGACCCUUCCAAGCAACCAAAGAAUCAGCUUAAUCCUAUUGGUUCAUUACAGGAAUUAGCUAUUCAUCAUGGCUGGAGACUUCCUGAAUAUACCCUUUCCCAAGAGGGAGGACCUGCUCAUAAGAGAGAAUAUACCACAAUUUGCAGGCUAGAGUCAUUUAUGGAAACCGGAAAGGGGGCAUCAAAAAAACAAGCCAAGAGAAAUGCUGCUGAGAAAUUUCUUGCCAAAUUCAGUAAUAUUUCUCCAGACAACCACAUUUCUUUAACAAAUGUAGUAGGACAUUCUUUAGGAUGUACUUGGCAUUCCUUGAGGAAUUCUCCCGGUGAAAAGAUCAACUUACUGAAAAGAAGCCUCCUCAGUAUUCCAAACAUGGAUUACAUCCAGCUGCUUAGUGAAAUCGCCAAGGAACAAGGUUUUAAUGUAACAUAUUUAGAUAUAGAAGAACUGAGUGCCAACGGACAGUAUCAAUGUCUGGCUGAAUUGUCAACUAGUCCUAUCACAGUCUGUCAUGGCUCUGGGAUCUCCUGUGGCAAUGCGCAAAGCGAUGCAGCUCACAAUGCUUUGCAGUAUUUAAAGAUCAUUGCGGAAAAAAAGUAAACUUGGAGCAACUUAGAAGAUCCUUCAGUAGCACAUAAAAACUUCCCUUCCCUUCCCAAGUAAAAUGUUUACUAUGUUUGAGUUCCUGUGUUGUUUCUAAAUCUCUUCAGAGAGUCCAUCAGCACUCCAGACUUAAUUAUCUCAUAGAGUUAUGAUUAAGCUCUUUUUAGGCUUCAACUUUGUAUUAGUAUAUUGUAUUUAUAAACUUUGUACCAUAAGGCAGAGUGUAGCACUCAUUUUACAAUGCCAUACACGUAGGAGGAAGAAAAAUGCAUGUUUUUUGUUUAUGAUGAUGAUGACAAUGAUGAAAUAAAACUGCUAGCAACAGUCUUUCUUACUGGUGCUUAAACUCAUCUUUGUGCAAGGCUUUGUAAAGCGAAUUUGAAGGAAGCCCUUUAAAUUGUCAAGGGACAACACUAACAGGCUUUUAUUGAAUGUGAUUGUAAAGUUUCAGGGAAAUGAUUGGCCUACUGUGUAUCUGAAUCCAUGUAAUAAAGAGCCGUUAUUAUA